AUGGAAAGUACUAAUUAUAUGAUGGGAUUGAUCCGUGAUCGGAAGUCUCAUCAAGACUUGGGAAUGAAUAAAUGUUAUAACUGUAACGUUAGACUGGCAAAAUAUGACACCUCAACACAAUGCCAAAGGCGAAGGUCUCCACUAAUUCCAAGCAACUAUAGAGAAAAUUCAUCUCAAAUUUUCCUUGGCCGUUUUAUUGCUGUAGCUAUGGGGAUCCGUUUCGUUGUUAUGGUGACAAUUUGGAGUAUAAUAUUCAUAAAUUCACCAUUCAACCAAGAAUCUACAAUACCUCUGAAUGACAGUUACUGUGGCCCAUGUCCUAACAACUGGAUAUGUUAUAGAAAAAAUUGUUACAAAUUUUCUAAUGAGAGCAAAAACUGGUACCAGAGUCGAGCAUCUUGUGAAUCUCAAAAUUCCAGCCUCCUGAAGAUAUAUAACAGAGAAGACCAGGAUUUCUUUAAACUGGUGAAGUCUUAUCACUGGAUGGGACUGGUGCAAACUUCAACAAAUGGAUCCUGGCAGUGGCACGAUGGAUCUUUUCUAUCACAUAACCAACUAACAAUAGUUGAAAUGCAAAAAGGCACGUGUGCAGUCUAUGGCUCAAACUUUAAAGGCUAUACAGAAAACUGUUCAGUUCUCAACACGUACAUCUGUAUGCAGAGGAUUGUGUAAGGUGUUUAAUAUUUACAAGCUACUAAGUUUAAGUAACAGAAGUAAUUCUUGGAUGUUUUCUAUGAAUUUUUUGUAAAGCAAAUAAAAUAACCAAUGUUUAUUAAAUUAUCUAUUUAUG